AUGUAUGACGUUUUGACUAACAAAAAACACGACGAACAUCCGUACAAAUACGACGUGAACUGUAAGCUCGUUAUCGCUCUCGUGGACGCAGGUAUCGGUGAGGCUCAAAUUAACACAAUUUUAUCGGCUUUGAAUAUAAAAUCGGUAUCCAUGUGCACGAUCCGAAAAUAUGAAAUGUUCGUAGCCAAAGCUUUCACCGGAGCUGCUAAAAUCAGUUGCCAAAAAGCUAUUGCAAUGGAAAUUUCAAAUACGAAAGCAGAGCAACCAUCUGAGACCUCCAAUGAUUUAUAUAAUGAAAACAUGAAUCCAGGAUCUUGCGUAGUAGGUCCUACAGUAAAAGGAACACAAUUACUAUUAGGUCUUUCACCUGGCAAAAAUACUAAGGCUUUCAGAGAACACAAGGACAAAUUGAAAGAAAAAAGAAGGCAAGUCACUAAAACCUUAGACUUUUACAAAAGACGUUGUGAAAAAGAGACAUUGCGGAAGAAAAGAGACUCUGCUGCUAGUCGAAAAGAAGGCACCAGUUAUGAAUCUGGCUGUGGUUUGAACAACGCAUCAGAAGUUUUGAAUGAUUUGCCUCCAACUGCAGAUGAAAAUCAAAAUUACAUGGGUGCAAAAUUCGUCUUCGUCGACCUUGAGACAAGUGGCCUUGGACCUGCUGCAGAAAUAUGCCAGAAUGGCAUAAACGCAAGAGCCUCCGAGAUAACGGGGCUAUCUGUGGUAAAUGGAGAAUUGUUCCUCGAUGAUGAAAAGCAGACAACAGUAUCGCUUCAAACAGCUUUGAGCAAUUUUUUGCGAUACUUGAGCGGAUUCCAGAGGCAGGGGCCAAUUAUUUUAUUAGCUCAUAAUGGGACUCGAUUCGAUUUCCCAAUUAUCCUGAGGAAUAUGGAAAAACUAAAUUUGAUGUCUGAGUACCGAGCAGUUGUUGCAGGCUUUGUCGAUACUCUGGACGUUUUCAAAAAAGUUUUACCAAAACGUGAAUCAUACAGUCAAGAAAAUCUUGCAACAGCUUUAUUAAACCCUGAUGGACAUUAUCACAAUCGAGCACACAAUGCAAUCUCCGAUGUUCUCACUCUGAACCAACUUGUCAAUACUUUGAAUGAUAAAGCUACAAUACUUUUACAGGCAACAAAAAGUUUCGGCAAAAUUUUGAGGGAUCAAAAAAUGAAACCAAUCGCGACAGCAAACGUAGCAACAUUGCAACCAUUAGUAGGUGCAAUUAGUCGUGGGAUGAUCACGAAAAUAGCAAAAGCUGGCAUCGCAAUGUCAGCGCUUACGAAAAUUUUCAACGACAGUGGUGAAGCUGGGGUCAGGUCUUUAUUGACAGAAAUGGUGAAUGGCGUAGUUCGAGUGACAAAUAAUAAAGCGAUACUCGCAAAACUAAUUUCCAAACUCUCUGAGCUUCAAAGUCAUUCAUGA